CAGUGCCCACGUCACCGCACCACCAGUUUGUUUACGGGCAUUUUUCGGUCGCUGUUCGUUUCCUCUUCGUUUGUUCACACUAUAUAAGCCAGGCGAUGGCAUAUUGUGGCGGUGCAGUGGCUCCCCAGCCACCCAAGAUGAAGCAGCUGGGGCUGCUGACCAUCCUGCUGGGGGUGACCGGUGUCGCCCAGGGUUUCUUUCUUCCCUAUGGAGGUUUCGGUGGAUUCGGAGGGCUGGUAAGCCACAGCGUAUCUCCGGUGGUGCAGCCCAUCAUCAUCAAGCCACCGGAGCCGGAGCCGCCGCCAGAACCGAAGGUCGAGGUGCACGUGCACGGCGCUCCGCACGAGCCGCCGCCGCCGGAGCCGCCGCCACACCCGCCGCCACCCAUCAUCAUCGUGGCGGGACCGCCAGAGCCGCCGCCACCGGAACCUCCUCCGCCGCCUCCACCAAUCAUUGUGCUGCCCGCGGGAGGAGGUGGUGGAGGAGGACCUCCCCCGCCUCCGCCGCCCGGAGGACCGCCCCUCGUGGUUCUGCCCGUUGGAGGAGGCGGAGGAGGUGGACCGCCGCCGCCACCACACGGCGGCGGAGGGCCCCCGCCGCCGCAGAUUCUGGUGCUGCCGAUGCCGGGCGGUGGCGGCGGCGGCGGCCCGCCCCCGGGUCCGCCCCCGCCCCCGCCCCCACCGAUCAUCACCCCGGUUUACGCGGGAUAAGCUGGUCGAUCUCAUGUGUAAGACGGCCGUCCCAUCGUCGCUGGCAGAAAUGCUGGCUUCCUUAAAGUAUUAUGUGGUUUAUUGAUCAAUGUUCCUAUGAUGCGUGUCAUUUUGUGGAUAAACAGGUACGACGAUUUGUUUGUGUCUGGCUUGAAUUGGGUAUAUGUUCGGCUACAAAUAAAUG